AUGGCCGACACCGAGGACGACAACUCGGCCCUUGCCUCCUUCUUCCCCGACCCUCCUCUCUUCUGGAAGGCCUUCACCCCGUCCAACCUCCAAGCCUACGCCGACAUUAAACAGCAAUAUGCCUCCCAGCACGGCAUUCCCGUCGAGGACGUUGUCCGCGUCCCAGAUCUCCCUGCCGAUUCAGACCUCAUAUACCUCCAACCACCAGCCGAGCCCAAGGAUGGGACAUGGCGACUAUACGGCGAACCUCAGUCUCUAGAAGAAUCCCUCCAACCCCUCGAAUCAGCCGGCAUCGAACCCCCCGGUGGUGCCCCCUCAACCCAAACCCACGACACCCUCCACCUCCACCUCAAACGCCUCUCCAAGUCCCUCCUCCUCAACUUCCUCGAGCUUUUGGGAAUCAUGUCCCUCGACCCCGCCGCCGGCUCCCAAAAGGCCGCCGACCUACGCACUUUGUUUCUAAACUUCCACCACGUGCUAAACGAGUAUCGCCCGCAUCAGGCUCGUGAGCAAUUGAUUCAGUUGAUGCAGGAGCGAUUGGAUCAGACGCGGGCGGAGACGGCUGCGAAUCGGGCGGUGGCGGAGAAAGCACGGAGGGUGUUGGAGGGGUUGGGGAGUGUGGAGAUUCCGGCUGUUGAUGUUAAUGUUGCUGGGACUGGGACAGGUGGAGGGGAGGGGGAUGGG